GGCGGAUAUUGCAGUACAGUUGCGCGGAAAGACGUAUUUUGAAAAUCGCACUCGUCGACGUGAUACAAAUUGAUACAUACUAGAUUGGUUGACCUGACUAUCACCAUGACCGAAAAUCAACCGAUUUUAACGUCCAAUGAUGACGCUGUGUAUUCAAGAACAGCACCACAGUAUGUGGCUGAAAUUCGUCCUAAUGCACCACCUUAUCAAAUUCAACAGCCGUAUCAAGGAUCGCCAGGAUUUACCUCACCACCAGUCUAUGUCGUACAAGCUGCUACAGUGUAUGGUGAGUUCCCGGUAGCCGCACACUGCCAUGCAUGUAACACUGAUGUUAUGACAGUCACAACCUUCAACGCUGGUACUCUGACGUGGUUGUCGUCUGGAAUCAUUUGUUUGGUUGGUGGCUGGGUACUAUGCUGUCUUAUUCCGUUCUGUAUCAACGCCUGCAAGGACGUCGUUCACUUCUGUCCUAACUGUCAUGCUGUGAUUGGUAAAUACAACAGACUAGGCUGAAUACCGGAAGCAGAUGAUGCGCAUGCGUCGUUGAUGUUAUGGACGGAGGAGCACAUAUUACUCAAGAAGAAGAUUGGAUAAUAUAAUCCACUAACACUAUAAUGUAAUCAAUGCAUCGGAACCGUAAAGUCAGCCAGCUAUAUUCAAUGUCCACGAUUACUAGAUAUUUACAUAUAAUCAAAUAUAAUCUAAAUGUUUAAGGCGCCCCUGAAAUGGAUAGGAGUUAUACGAAUCGAUACGUUCCAUCGUCAUAUGUCGAGAUCCGCGCCGGGGUCAGCACAGACAUCCCCCGCACAGCCAAUUAUGCACAUGUUGACGCCUAGGAACACAGCGUGGUUAGCUAAUUAACACAAGCACGCACAUGUAUUGCACAUUAAUCGACCGUUAUUAAACACUGCGCAACACUAUCAAGAUUGUUGAACUGUACUGUAGUUUAAAUACGCCCUCACAUGGCGAUAUAAACACAAUAUUAUUCACUUUUAAUAAAUGUGAAUUGACUAAAGA